AUGCAAGGUAUCAAUUAUUUUGUGGCCAUUGCGGGACAGGCAGUCGAUGAUCUAGUCCAGUUGGUCGAAGAGUUGAAUUUGGAUAUAGAUAGUAAACAAUCACUUAUCAAUAACAUCAAACAUGCUCGUAUGUACUUGAAAUCAGAUCAUAAAGUACAUAUUAGUAAAGAAUCGACCGUUGCCCAAGAUCAUUGUACCAAGUACGCUUUGUCAUCUCCAACGGAUGAUGAUUUCGUUGAAAAAUGUGAUCACAAACAUAAUGAUCGGUGUAAUGAAUGUGAAAAUUUGGCAGCAACACUGGAAACGAUUGAAAAUGAAAUAAAAACCUUGGUCGAUGAUCGUGAACUAUUUGACAGAGCCCUUGCUAAGCUGCGAAUGUCUAGUGAUGCAAUCGAUGCAUGGAAGGCACAUUUACUAAGAUCUGUCAACCAAGAAUUAGUAAAUAAUUUACAGGAUGUUACAGUGUUCGUAUAUAUGGACUGGGCGAUGAAAUGGUUGCCUGCAAAAUACCGCGAAUCGCAGGAAAAGUUCUUUGGCAAGGAAGUAAUAAACCCUUAUAAAGGGUUUAUGAAACUAGCAAUAAACGCUUAA